UCAAAAUUUAAUUUCUCCGUCUCCUGGCCUUCCGAAGUUCACACUCCCAGUGACGACAUUGAUUAUCAGCAUUUUCAAAAUGAGAGCGAAUGGGUUAAUGGCGACUGCAAAUCCCGUCAUUCAACGAGAACAUAAGCUCGUGGAUUUCUUCUAUGCAGGAAAUGGGCGGAGCAUUAGCUGCAAUACUGGCAUUAGCUUUGUCUGUAAGCAAAAACGUCGGUUUCCUCUCCGGGUGUCUAUGUCGACCCUGCCCAUUGAACAUGUAGAGAAGCCAAGUUCAAAGAGCAUCGGCAUCCCUAUCAUGGUAAAUGGAUGCAGUGGCAACAUGGGAAAGGCUGUUAUAAAAGCGGCAGAAUCUGCUGGACUCCAUAUUGUUCCCAUGUCAUUUGGAUCUGCAGAGGAGGCAGGGCAAACCGUGGAAAUAUGUGGAAAGGAAAUUCUGGUGCAUGGUCCAGCUGAUAGAGUAAGCAUCCUUUCAUCUGUGUUUAACGAGUAUCCCGACUUGAUUGUGGUGGACUACACCGUGCCUAAUGCUGUGAAUGAUAACGCUGAGCUCUAUUGCAAAGUUGGAGUGCCCUUUGUUAUGGGAACCACUGGUGGAGACAGGGAUCUGCUAUAUAAAACUGUAGAGGAUUCUAAGAUCUACGCCGUGAUCUCCCCACAAAUGGGGAAACAGGUUGUUGCAUUUCUUGCAGCCAUGGAAAUUAUGGCCAAGCAAUUUCCUGGAGCCUUCUCUGGGUAUUCCUUAAAGGUCAUGGAAUCUCAUCAAGCAGGAAAGUUGGACAUCUCUGGCACAGCCAAGGCUGUCAUCUCUUGCUUUCAGAAAUUGGGGGUGUCUUUUGACAUGAAUCAUGUACAAUUGAUUCGCGAUGCAAAGCAACAAAUUGAAAUGGUGGGAGUUCCAGAGGAGCAUUUGGCUGGUCAUGCUUUCCAUUUAUAUCAUCUAACAUCGCCUGAUGAAACAGUUUCUUUCGAGUUCCAACAUAAUGUUUGUGGUAGAUCUAUUUAUGCAGAGGGCACGGUUGAUGCUAUACUCUUUCUUGCUAAGAAGGUUCGGUUGAAGGCAGACAAGAGGAUCUACAAUAUGAUAGAUGUUUUGAGGGAGGGCAAUAUGCGAUAAAGAUUGGUUUUUUUUUUUUGGCAGUCAAGUUCUAGGUUUGCUGCGCAGUUAUUCGGGUGGUUUGUGUGUAGAAGAGCUUACGAAGCCAGGCGUAUGGAGUUUUCACUUGCUGGCAUUGGCUGGCUGAGGGUUAGAAGAAAGGUUGCUUUCUUCUUGAAACAGGUGCAUCUUGUUUGCUUUCAAAUCUGCAUGUUAAAGCAGAGAUUUAGAAUUAGAUUGCGAGCAGGCUAGUGUAGAAAGAGUCCCCGUAAACCCUUUUUAUACAGGUUUGAAAUAUCGAACUUACUAUCAAUAAGAGGAUAUUUAGUUUAUUUGGUGUGA